AUGCGCAAAGCCUUGAAAUCGCUCAAGGAAGACGAGUCUAUUAUGAUUUUGCCAGCAGACAAAGGCCGCGCCAGUGUUAUUCUGGACACCGAUGUCUACCGCGCCAAGAUGUCCGAGUUAAUAGAAUCCGGCCCCUAUCACGCUAUCGGGAAGGACCCGACCGAUCGCCUCUCCCGCAAGCUUUCCACUAUUCUUCGCGGCUUUCACAAGAAUGGUGACAUCAAUGAUUCUACCUACCGUAAGCUAAAACCGUCGCAGAAGCAACCGCCCAGGAUCUAUGGACUGCCUAAGAUCCACAAAGCUGACAUCCCGCUUCGUCCGAUUGUGUCAUGUGUGAGUUCGUUUGCUUACAACACGUCUAAGUAUCUCGCUGAUAUUCUUGCUCACUUAGUCGGUUCCAAUGGGCAUGCUGUCCAUAACUCCGCGUCGUUUGUUGAUUUCCUGCGCAGCGAAACCAUACAGGAACAUGAGGUCAUGGUUUCAUUUGAUGUGGUAUCAUUGUUUACCAAUGUACCCAUCGACGCCGCAUGCAAGGUCGCACUUAGCAGGCUCGGACGUGAUGAGAGCCUACCCGAGCGCACACAGUUAUCUCCGGCCCAGGUAACUGAGCUUUUGAGUUUUGUUUUGCAAUCUACGUAUUUCAUGUUUGCCGGCAAUUUCUACGAACAGCAAGAAGGAGCAACCAUGGGCAGCCCUUUUUCCGCAGUGAUCGCUAACCUGUUCAUGGAAGCUUUUGAGGAACGUGCACUGAGUAGUUGCCCGCCCGACUGCGCCCCUAGAGUUUGGAAGCGUUACGUAGAUGACACGUUUAUCAUCACGCAUAGAUCCGCCGCCGAUGACCUUUUGAGCCACAUGAAUUCGCAGCAGCCCUCCAUCCGUUUUACCAUGGAGCAGUACAUUGCUUAUGAUUUUAAAGCAGCUGGGGUCAGUAAAUGA